GCUGGCUGCAGUGCUCUGGGCGGUGCAUUCUUUCCCAUUUGCUGGGAAAUCCUCCCAUUUUCCUGAGAAGGCCAGAGUGGAUGGGCACAUGGCACUCAGACUCCUUUGCAGUGAGAUGUAGCCACUUGACUAAAUUCUUGCCACUGUGCUAUCAGCAGAACUGGAACUCCUGAGAAAUCUCUCAAAAUGAGAAGGGACUUUCCUUCAGGACUAACCCCAAGAAGCCAUCUAACAGGAACAAAGACAAGGCAAGAUGGCUAACUGAAUCCUUAUGGGACCCAACUGGCAGGAUCAAACAUUGAUGGGAAGGCGUCGGGAGGCUGUGCUGGAGAAACUGAAGCAUGAAGGUCAGACCCAGAGGCGGGAGCUAUCCUGUGUGCCCGGGGCAAGGAACCUCAGACUGGGGAAUCCAGAGAGGACGGAGGGCAAAACUGUGUUAGGCAGCAAGGAUUACCAACCCAGUGGAAACUGAGUCACCCCAGGAAGAACUAGAGUUCUUCUAUUUAUAGGCAAAGCACCAAGCUCAGUUGGGGCCUGUGGGCUUUUCUGAAGUCUUUACAGUCUUUGGGGGGCAAGCCCCAAAGCAUAUGCUAGUUCACAUUCCUCUCAUGCUGCCUCAGAUUCCCCUUUUCAAUAGAACCCCGAGUAAUUGGACAGGAACAAAUAAGGUGGAGGAAAAUUGUGUUCUGCAAAAGGAGAGGACUGAAGGGUAGGGAGGUAGGCUGGGGGCGCUGGGACACCCAGCCCAGGGUCCACAGUGCCUGGGCUCUCACGGCCUCCUUACCCUGAGACACACCUUACAGGCCUCUCCUGGCUGUGAUGCCUUCACCUCCCUCGGGGUCAAGAUGGAAACUGCUAACAGUAACUUCCUGUACCUGGGAGGCCAGUAGGAGAAAGGCCGGGGAAACUGGAGGGGGAAUUCCCUUGGGGAGCCAAGGGUUGGUCUCCCCCAGAGACGCAGGAUGGCAAACGUAAUAACUGCUGCUUAAUAUCCCGCCCAAGGUAAAGUCAAUAAUUGCUCUGGGCAGUUCAGGCAGGUGGUGUGAGCAAGCAGUGGUGGCAGCAGAAACCUUGGGCCUGGGGAGAAGGGGAGCUUGCCAGGGAGGAUGUCUGCAUCCUGAACCAGAAGAGGACUGUGCAGGCUGUGAGUGGGGCCUCCUGAUUCUGCACUUUUCCAUCCUCCUCCAGAAUGACGCUUGACUGGCACAGUUCCUUGAUCCUCACAGCCUACAUCUUCAUCUUCCUCACGGGCCUCCCUGCCAACCUCCUGGCCCUGCGGGCCUUUGUGGGGCGGGUCCGCCAGCCCCAGCCUGCACCUGUGCACAUCCUUCUGCUCAGCCUGACACUGGCUGACCUCCUGCUGCUGCUGCUCCUGCCCUUUAGGAUCAUCGAGGCUGCAUCCAACUUCCGCUGGUAUCUGCCUCAGAUUGUCUGCGCCCUUACUGGUUUUGGCUUCUAUAGCAGCAUCUACUGCAGCACGUGGCUCCUGGCGGGCAUCAGCAUUGAGCGCUACCUGGGAGUGGCCUUCCCCGUGCAGUACAAGCUCUCUCGGCGGCCUGUAUAUGGCGUGAUCGCUGCUCUGGUCGCCUGGAUCAUGUCCUUCGGUCACUGCACCAUAGUGAUCGUUGUUCAGUACUUGAACUCAACUGAGCAGGUGAGAGAUGGGACUGAAGGCACCUGCUAUCAGAACUUCACCCAAGAGCAGCUAGACUUGGUGCUGCCCGUGCGGCUGGAGCUGUGUCUGGUGCUCUUCUUCAUCCCCAUGGUGGUCACCAUCUUCUGCUACUGGCGCUUCGUGUGGAUUAUGCUCACCCAGCCCCACGUAGGGGCCCAAAGGAGGCGCCGAGCUGUGGGACUGGCUGUUGUGACCCUGCUCAACUUCCUGCUGUGCUUCGGACCUUACAACCUGUCACACAUGGUGGGGUUUAUCUUAAGGCAAAGCCCCCAGUGGCGAGAGGAGGCUGUGGUGUUCUGUUCUCUCAACGCCACCCUGGACCCGCUGCUGUUCUACUUCUCUUCUUCGGUGGUGCGCAGAACUUUUGGGGAAGGGCUGCAGCUGCUGCGCAUUCAGGGCUCCUCCCUGCUGGGGUGCAGAGCGAAAGAGACGGCAGAGGUGGCUGCAAGUGGGAACAGGGGCAUGAGUCAAACAGAGAGAAGGCCAAGUUCGGACUUAAUCACAGACUAGCGAUUUCCUGCGACUUGGGGGGCGGGUCGGUGCUCUGGGCCCCAUGGGAGUUGAGCAGCCAGGGAGCCGGGAAGCUCCCAGAUGCAGGAAUCCUCCAGCCCAAACUAUGACUGGGACUUUGUAAAAACCUCUCUUGCUAGCUUGGUAUCCCUGCCUGUCUGAAUUUUCCUUCCCAAGUGAACAUAGCUCAGUGAUAUGAGGAGAAAUGGUGAGGCCUGGAAGCGCUGUCUAGCCAGGGUGUUGGAAGCAAGGUAGCUAAUACGAAUUCAGUCUUUGUGAGGAAGCUGGUGGCAGGGAAAGAUCUGGUGGAAGCAGAGUCCUAAAGCAGUCUUGCCACAAGCUUAAAAACAGCAUCUAGACACUGGUCUGGCUGUUGGUGCUGGAAAGAAGCCAAUGGGAAAGACAUGGAAGAGAAAUACUAAAUGAAGGCAAAGAAGUCUCCAAAAGGUGCUGAACUAAGGGGACUAGAAGGACUUAGAUCUCUACUGAUUCAGGGUUCACUGUAUCAGUUUGACCCAUUGUUUUGUAUGUGUGCUUCAUUUAUUUUCACAUUAUCAUGUCUGCUCCAUUAAACUCAGAGCUGCAUGUGCUCUGGGUUCCUUCAUCCUCCCUGUUACCCCAGGUCAGCAGGUGGCUUGGCACCCAUCAUUCUGAGAUUGACACUGAUUAGCACAGGAAAAAACAAUCUGUUCUGACAGAUCAAAAAUAAAGAUGAUGAAACUGUGAA